AUAUGAUACUCCAUAUCCAUACUCAUCUUUUCUCCCCACCAUUAAUCCACAACAGCUGUACCACUCACUCUCUACAGUUCCAAAAAGAAAAAUAAUGGAAGCCCUCUUGUCCGAAUUCACACUCCUCUCCGACCAAGCCCUCUGCGACAAAAGCUUCGAUCCGUCGACAAUCGAAGGGCUGAUGAAGCUCUUCGAGGUGGAGGCCUACAAGGAGUGGGCCCAGCUUGAGCUGGAGUGCCGCAACGAAGCUCAGAGCGCCGAAGACUGCAUUGAGGAAGCCGAGGAUCACCUCGAAUCCGUAAUGGAGAGCGCCAUGGCGGAGUUUCGGCUCUUCGAGGAGGAGAUGAAUCAGACCCUUAAGGCCGAGCACGACAGCCUCGUCAGCGUCGCCGAUGCCGCCCGCAGAAUGGGUAACACUUUGGAGAAGGCUGCCAAUUUCGCCUCCAAAAAGUAUGUCGAUGCCGCCGUCAAUUCCGCCGCGGCUUCCAUGAGAUCUGCCAUCAGAGCUGUCGCUGCCGCCGCCUCUAAAAAGGUUCAUCCUUCCUAGAUUUGGUUCUGUUAUUGAUAUAGAUUAUAUGUAUACAUAUGUCAUUUGUUCUCGGAUUACACUUUUAUGCCUGUGAAAUCUUGUUUCAUCCAGAACUCAGAUCUUCUAUUUCAUAAUCUUCGUUGUAUUGUCCAUGAUUAAUUGUGGACUGAUUUAAUAAUAAAAUGUGAGUGAAAUUAGUCA